CUUGGGGUACUCACCUGAAACCUCAGCCAAAGAGCGUUGACCUGACCGCCGGUAGCUCCGACGAAUUGGCGGACGCAUAGCGGUCACGGUGGACUGACAAAAAACUGAAGGAAACAAAACGCCAGUGUGAUACAGACUCCGGGUUCCAUGUCUGACUCACCAGUGCGCAUCCUGUGAAACGGAAAGGCAUCCAAGCGGAGUUGUGACUUUAAUGAAGUGUAAACUUUUGUGUAAGAAGAAAGAGCUUGAAAAGUCUGUGGAAACGCAUUCUUACGUUUUCUUAGUUUAACGGCGACUGAGUCAACGCUGCACGCAUAUGUGGAGUUUUUAACAUGAUCGGAACCCUCUAAAACCACACCGCUCGAAAACGGAGGGACACCAUGACGCUCUGCUCCCUGGGCUCCAUCCAUGUCCUGAUCGUCCUCUUUGAGCUGUGGGCCAGGGCCAAGGGGGAGUGCGAGGAGCCGCUGGCCAGCUCUAAGCUCAAUCUCUCGGUCAAGUACGAGCUCCUCAACUUCCGGGCGGACAGCCCCAUCCAGAACCUGGUGGCGUUUAAAGGGCACGUUUAUGUGGGUGCGGUAAACAGGAUUUACACUCUGACUGAGGACCUGCAGAAGUUCUCCGAGUACAAGACCGGACCUGUCCCCGCACAAGAUCUCUGUCCCCCAUGCCAGAGCUGCGAAGCUACAGCUAACACCUCGUCAAGCCUCAUGGUCAACAACACCAACAUGGCCCUGCUGGUGGAGACCUACUACGAUGAUGAGCUCUUCAGCUGUGGCUCUGUCCACAAUGGCGUCUGUCACCGACACGUUCUGAACGGCACCCUGGAGAACAGUGAGGUGAUCUGCAUGUACUCGCCCAAGACCAACUGGGGCCGCCUGGGGUGCCCCGACUGCAUCGCCAGCCCCUCCGGGACCCGGGUCCUGAAUGUGGAGAGCGGGAGCGUGGUGAGGUUUUUUGUGGGGAACACAGCAACCCCGGGUGACCCUGUGGUGCCCCCGCAGCACACGUUCUCGGUGCGGCAGAUGAAGGAGACCCAAGACGGCUUCCGUUUCUUCUCAGAGCAGUCCUACUUGGACGUGGCUCCGCAGCUGAGGGGCAGCUACCCGAUCCGCUACGUCUACGCCUUCGAGAGCGGCCCGCACGUCUUCUUCCUCACCGUGCAGCGGGAGGACGGUGCGUCCCGGUCCUACCACACCCGCAUCGUCCGCACCUGCUCCUCGGAUCCGGAGCUGCGGCGCUACGUGGAGCUGCCCUUCGAGUGCAUCCUGACGGAGAAGCGGCGGAGGCGAUCGGCGGGGGUGGAGGUCUUCAACGUCCUGCAGGCCGCCCACGUGGCCAAGGCCGGGCGGGUGCUGCAGGAGGAGAUGGGCUUGCAGGAGAAUGAUGACGUGCUGUUCGCCGCCUUCGCCCGCAGCCGCCAGGACUCCCCGGACCCUACGAGCAGCUCUGCCGUCUGCGUCAUCCCCCUGAGACACCUCAACAUCUUCUUCGGGGACUUCAUCAAGAAAUGCCACACCAAGCGCCCUCAGCACUUCACUGGGUCGGACGAGAAACGCUGUUUCAACUUGACCUCCACAGACGACUCCUACACCUGCGGGAAGCACGGGCAGGGCUACCAGCUGGAAGUCACCAGCACCAUGAAGCGGCUGGACUACUUCAGCGGCCAGUUCAGCGACGUCCUGCUCACGUCCAUCGCAGUCUACCCCAUGCAGGACGACACCGUGGCCACCCUGGGGACCUCUGAGGGCCGAGUCAUCCAGGUGGUGGUUUCCCGGUCCAGACAAAGGGUGGCCCAUGUGAACUUCCGAUUGGACGAGCAGCGGGUGUCCCCUGAGGUGCUGCUCUUGCCCGCCCCGUGGCCCAAUGCCUCCGUAUUGUUGGUGACAGGAAACAAGAUCACUAAGGUCCCUCUGGGGGGUCCAGGCUGCGAGCAGCUGUGGUCCUGCAGCUCCUGUCUCCUGGCCCCGGCCUUCAUGGGCUGUGGCUGGUGUGGUAACCGCUGCUCUCGAUCCGUUCAGUGCCCUACCUCACACUGGACUGAGGAUGCCUGUCCCCCCAUCAUCACCCAGAUUUCCCCUACGAAUGCCCCUGUUGGAGGAGAGACGAAGCUAACCAUCUGUGGCAGGGAUUUUGGAUUCAAUAAAAGCGAGAGGUUCGACGCGGGUCUGAUCAGGAUCAACAUCGGUGGAACCCCAUGCAAACUUGAUGCGCGGGAAAGCAACGGAAAUCGGUUGGUUUGUAAACCAGGCAUAGCGAAGGCCUCUCAGAAGAACCACACCAUCAGUGUACACAGCGGAAAGGAGCUAGUUCAAAAAGAAGGCUUCUCAUUGGUGAACACUUUUAUCAGAGAAAUCUUCCCAGAGUUUGGGCCAAAAUCUGGAGGGACUCUGCUGACCGUUCGAGGAGACUUUCUGGACAGCGGAACCCGGAGACGCGUCACAGUUGGAAACGCAGUGUGCGAGCUGCAGAGUGUAUCCCGCAACGCUUUGGUGUGCAAAACCCCGGCUCAGUCCUCUCCUGCCAAGCAGCCGGUCAAGCUGGAAAUCGACGCAGCCAUCCGCACAGCGCCCAUCAGCUUCACCUACAACGAAGACCCCUUUAUCUCUAAGUUCCAGCCAUCCCGUUCCUUUAUCAGUGGAGGAAGCACAGUCUCCGUGCACGGUGCCUACUUGCACUCCGCGCUGCAGCCACAGAUGCUCAUCACUACGCAGCAUGGCAGGAAGGUCCUCCAGGUGACCUGUAUGCAGGGUGAGGACAUGCAGGUGAUCCUGUGCACCACCCCCUCCCUGAAGGCCCUGAACCUCCACCCUCCCAUCGUCACAACCGUCUCCUUCGUCCUGGACGGCUUCUCCUCCAGGGAGUUCCAGCUGAUGUAUGUGGAGGACCCCAGGUUCGAGGAGUUCCAGAAACCCACCGUCACCUCCAAGGGCAACAGGAACGUUCUCGAGAUCAAGGUUCCGCGGGUGGACAUGGACGCCGUGGUGCAGGGCGAGGUUCUGCGGGUGAGCAACCGCACCUGUGAGGCCGUCCUGCUGAAGGGAAACACACUGGAGUGCACACUCCCCUCAGAGCUGCAGGGAGGAGCCAGGGAGCUGGAGGUGGAGUGGAAGCAGGCGAGCUCCUCGGUGAUCCUGGGCAGAGUGUUCCUGGCUCAGGAGCAGGACUACAGGCCUCUCAUUGGGGGUGUGCUCUCCAUCAGCAUCCUCCUCCUGCUGCUGCUGGCCCUGUGCGUCUGGAGGAGGAAGAAGAAACACAUCGAGGAUUUAGCUGAGGGUAUGGUUUGGUAUGACGGAAGAGCACACAUUCCACAUUUGGACAUGUUGGCAAACGCCAGGAGUGUCAGUCCCACUAACGAAAUGGUCUCCCACGAGUCAGUGGACUAUAGAACGACACUGCUGGAGGACCAGAGCAUGCCCUUGUCCCAGGCCAUGGCUCCCUGCAGGGUCUCCCCCUAUCCCCACAUGGACCUGUCCCCCAUGCUGUCGGGAGGGGACCCCGAACUGGCCACCCCCCUUCUGCCGUCAGCCGUGCAGAUCGACAUGGCCGCCCUGCACCCUGAGCUGCUGAAGGAGGUGCAGCACGUGGUCAUCAACCCCCACGACCUUCUGCUGCAUGUGCACCAGGUCAUCGGGAGAGGGCAUUUUGGCUGCGUUUACCAUGGGACCCUUCUGGCCCAGGAUGAAGUAAAGCUGCACUGCGCUGUCAAGUCCCUGAACCGGAUCACGGACAUGGAGGAGGUGGAGCAGUUCCUGAAGGAGGGCAUCAUUAUGAAGGAUUUCAGCCACCCCAACGUGCUGUCGCUCCUGGGGAUCUGCCUGCCCCCCCAGGGCUCCCCGCUGGUGGUGCUGCCCUACAUGAAGCACGGAGACCUGCGCAACUUCAUCAGGGAUGAGACGCAUAACCCAACAGUAAAAGACCUCAUGGGGUUUGGGCUCCAGGUGGCAAGGGGAAUGGAAUACCUUGCUAGCAAGAAGUUUGUCCACAGAGACCUGGCAGCCAGGAACUGCAUGUUGGAUGAGAGCUACAUUGUGAAGGUGGCUGAUUUUGGGCUGGCCCGAGACGUGUACGACAAGGAGUACUACAGCGUGCACAACAAGAGUGGCGUCAAGCUCCCGGUCAAGUGGAUGGCUCUGGAGAGCCUGCAGACGCACAAGUUCACAUCAAAAUCUGAUGUGUGGUCAUUUGGUGUGUUACUAUGGGAACUGAUGACACGAGGAGCUCCCCCCUACUCUGAUGUCAACUCCUUCGACAUCACUGUAUUCCUGCUGCAGGGACGUAGACUGCUACAGCCGGAGUUCUGUCCCGACUCACUGUACAAUGUCAUGGUUGAAUGUUGGCACCCGAAACCAGAGAGACGGCCCACCUUCUCUGAGCUAGUGUCGCGGAUCUCUGCCAUAUUCUCCAGUUUAAGUGGAGAGCACUACAUCCUGCUGAACACCACCUAUGUCAACAUCGACAAGGUGACACCCUACCCCUCGCUCAUCUCCCCUCCGUGCAGUCUGAGCAGGGACUGCUGCACCUGAGAGCAGAGGAUCUUGGGAAAUGCACAGAGAGAGCACUGCAUGAGAGACUACAGGGUUGCUUUACAUGAGCCACACCCACCAGACUGAGCAUGCUGACAUCCUGGGGCCACAGGAUAGUGACCGAACUAUUAAUGGGCCUGGACCUAGUGAAUUUUGGCCCCCACAGAGGCAUGUUAGAGAAUGAGCCUUACCUGUGUGGGAAACAUGCCUGUCAUUGUCACUGUUAACCUGAGGCUUGGAUUCCGUUGCCUGUUCACUGUUACCUACUUGCCCAUGCUCCAGCAGUUGCCCUUGGUGAGGCUACUUUGCAGAAGAAUGGGUAUGGAACCUCAGCCCCUGAAGUGUAUGUGAAUGAGUCAUCUGAGGGAGCUCGGCACUUAAAAGACUUCAUAUUUCAGACUUCCAUUGUCUUCUUUGUGUCCAGAAGGCUUUUUCUCCACAAACAGAACAAUGUUAUGCGUUUCAUCGCAGCAAAGCAGUCUCCAAGCUUUUUGAAUUGUGUAUUUGUGAUGUUAGUGAAGCUAAAAAUCAAUCACUGGUAGAAAACUACUUUUUGUAGGUAAAUCAACAGCAUACAUCCUGGCCAGUAGUACACUGAAUAUUUUAUUUGUAUAAUUAUCUCUGACAUUUCUCUAAACUGCAUUUGAUGUUUUGUAAAUAAAAAAGGCGUCACCUUUGAGAAAUGUACAAAUAUUUCUGGAAGAACUAUGUACUUUUCUUGUUUCCUUCUGGUGUGUUUUCAGACCACUGCUGUUAGAGGUAGUCCAGUGAUGACCAGAAUGUUAUAUGUGAACAUGUUAAAGUGCUGUACUAUAUAUUUUUUUAAUGAAAAAUUAUAUUUAAAACAACCUAGUUGGUCCAGAAGAUGAACGUUAACAGGCAGUGGUACAACACAUGUACAGAGACUAUAUUUUAAUGAAUCAUUGAUCCUGUGUAAGAGAGUAAGGGUCUGUGUUUUUAUGUUUUGUCUUUUGCGUCAUGUCCUGUAUGUGUAUAUAUUGUAGUGGGGAAUUAUGGGUACUGUACAACAGAUUUUGCAGAGCAACUGGAACAGAUAAUGGCUGCCUUAGAAUUUUCUUGUCUCUUCCAUCUAAUUUACUGCCAUUCUUUUUGUGUAAAUCAAUGGUUGUACCUGUGAUUUUUGACAACGGUAUGUAUAUUUCUAGUGUCUUUUGUGUUUUGAAGAUUAUCUGUGAAUGAUGGUACAUAUUGCUGUUAUGAUGUAAUAAAGCCAUAAUUACAAUG